AUGAAACCGAAAGAUCGUCUUUGUUACGAUAAACAAACAUAUUAUCAGAAUAGCGUACUGGUAGGGAACUGGGUCGAGGAAAAAAUUGGCAGCUACAAGAGAACCCCUUUCAAACAUGCAUCCACUUACAGCCAAGAUUUUAUUCCAAAGUAUGCCCUAGACAAAAAUGAAAAUGACUUUACUUAUAAUACUAUCAAAAUUAAAUCUGAAAUUGGAGAAAAUGUAGCUUCACAAAAAAUCACAGAUGACAUUGAAAGAACUAACGGAAAUUUUUCAAGUACUUAUGAUUUAUCUUUUAAGUAUUUUCCCAGCUGUUAUAAAGAGUCCAUGCACAGAAAAAUGAGAUUUCGUUUGUUGAGCUUUGAACCCACAAACGAGUACCUGAACGACUUUGGAAAUCUCUCAACAAGAAAUGGCCUCGUCAACUAUAAAAAAGAAAUAUGGGAUUACGAUCUUUUAGACCCUAGAAGGCCAUUGUAUUCCGUUACUAAAGCUGAUUAUAAAAAAUACGACCCUGAAGCUUACAAGUCGCUCAAAUGGCCUAGAUUACAACCUUUGAAAAUCAAUUGCGGUAAUGCAAAAGAUUUGAUUUACCCUCCUAUGCCUUCUCAUCAUCCUAGGAUUAUACAAUUGCAAAAAGAUCCUAUUACAUGGGAUAACUCAUAUGAAAAUCAUAUUGUGCCAAAAUGCAUUUGUGAUAUGUAA